UCAGUUCUCGCUUCAUCUUUCCUCUCUCUCUCUCUCUCUCUCCCUCUCUGUUGGCACACUACCUUUUUUAUUUAUAAUUUACUUACAAGAUAAUAUUUUUGGCAUUGAAUCCAUUGAUGGGUGAGUCUAGAAUUAUUAUCUGAUAAUUACAGCAACCAUUCACAUUCUGAUCCUGCGGAUUGAACGCACAGGUCCAUUCUUGCUCCGCCGCUAGUUACUCCGCACAGCAGAUCGUGCCUGCCAGCUUUACUCGGUAAUGGGUAGACAAAAGUGUAAACUCAGUUCACGAAAAGAGUAGAAUAUACAUUUUUAUGCUUAUAUUCAUAUAGAAUUUGGAAGCUGUACAAGGAGGAAGAAAGGAAGGGGCUUGAUUUCAUAGAGGAGCUACUUGUCUGGGAUUUUUGGGAGAGAGAUGUGGUGGAAGAUGAGGGACUUGACGGUGGCGGCCGUGGUGGCGCUGCUGGCCGCCGGCAUUCUGGUGGUCAAUGGCGACACAGAUCCGAAUGAUGCUGCUGCUCUCAGGGUCAUGUUUCAGAGUUUAAAUUCUCCGGGGCAGCUAAGCAAAUGGACCGCAAAUGGUGGCGAUCCAUGUGGGGAGUCUUGGAAAGGCAUUACCUGCUCGGGCUCAAGAGUCACUGAAAUAAAAAUUUCUGGUCUUCAACUUACUGGGUCAUUGGGAUAUCAGCUCACAAGUUUGACGGCUGUAACCAUCUUUGACAUAAGCAAUAACAAUCUCGGAAACCAGAUACCUUACCAGCUUCCUCCAAAUGUGCAACAGCUGAACCUUGCUGGAAAUGGCUUCAGUGGUGGCAUCCCGUAUUCCAUUUCUCAGAUGGCUUCCCUAAAAUACCUAAAUCUAGGUCACAAUCAACUUCAGGGACAACUGGGUGACAUGUUUGGACAACUUUCAUCCCUCUCCACAUUGGAUCUCUCUUUUAAUGCUCUGACUGGUGACCUCCCAGAAAGUUUAAGCUCCCUUUCAAGUAUGAACAAUAUGUAUCUGCAGAGCAACCAGUUUACAGGAACUAUUGAUGUCCUUGCUACUCUUCCCCUUGAAAAUUUGAACAUUGCAAGUAAUCACUUUAGUGGUUGGAUUCCUGACCAGUUGAAGAAUAUUAAUCUCCAGAAGGAUGGUAACUCAUUCAACUCGGGCCCUGCCCCUCCACCUCCACCUGGUACACCUCCAUCCAGCAAGGCUAACCGAAACCACAAAUCUGGUGGCAGUGGUAACCAAUCUGACAAGGGUGAUAGUGGUGGUGGCAGCAAAAAAUCAGGUAUAGGGGCUGGAGGUGUAGCUGGAAUAGUAAUAUCCAUUUUAGUUGUCGGGGCAGUGGUUACAUUCUUUAUUGUGAAGAAAAGGUCUAGAAGGUCAUCCACAGAUAUAGAGAAGCUUGAUGAUAAUCAACCUUUUGCUCCUCUUGCUUCUCACGAGGUUCAAGAAAUGAAGUCCACCCAACCUUCGUCCACAGUCAACACAAUCAUGCAUGAACCACCUGCAUCAAUAAACCUAAGACCUCCACCCCAGAAAUCAUUUGAUGAAGAUGAUUUCUCAAGGAAACCCAUUGUUACCAAGAAAGUUCCUAAAGCUCCGAUAAAUGCUAUAUCAUAUUCAAUAGCAGACCUGCAGAUGGCUACAGAUAGCUUUAGCAUUGAAACUCUAAUUGGGGAGGGCUCAAUUGGACGUGUUUUCCGGGCUCAGUUUGAUGACGGAAAGGUUCUUGCUGUGAAGAAAAUAAAUUCCUCAUCUCUUUCUAGCCACUUGUCUGAAGAUUUUAUGGAUAUUGUCUCCGACAUAUCCCAGUUGCGUCACCCUAAUGUAACAGAGCUGGUUGGUUAUUGUUCAGAGCAUGGACAGAACCUCCUGGUUUAUGAGUUCCAUAAAAAUGGCUCUCUGCAUGACCUCCUGCAUCUAUCAGAUGAAUAUAGUAAGCCGUUAACAUGGAACACCCGUGUCAAGAUUGCUUUGGGGACUGCACGUGCAUUAGAGUAUUUGCAUGAAGUUUGCUCACCAUCUGUUGUUCAUAAAAAUUUCAAAUCAGCCAACAUACUAUUAGAUACAGAACUGAAUCCUCAUCUUUCAGAUUGUGGGUUAGCAAGCUUUGUCUCGGAUGCAGAUCAGGCAUUGAACCAUAAUGCUGGGUCUGGAUAUAGUGCUCCCGAGGUUGCCAUGUCUGGUCAGUACACCAUUAAGAGUGACGUCUACAGCUUUGGAGUGGUCAUGUUGGAACUUCUUUCAGGACGAACGCCAUUUGACAGUUCAAGACCCAGAACUGAGCAGUCUUUGGUUCGAUGGGCAACACCUCAGCUCCAUGACAUUGACGCACUGUCUAAGAUGGUUGAUCCGGCACUGAAGGGGCUCUACCCAGUAAAAUCUCUUUCGCGCUUCGCCGAUGUCAUUGCUUUGUGCGUCCAGCCGGAGCCGGAGUUCCGACCACCGAUGUCGGAGGUGGUCCAAGCAUUGGUUAGGCUUGUACAGAGGGCGAACAUGAGCAAGAGAACAUUUGGGAACGAGCAAGGUGCAGCAUCUAAGCAGACCGACAACCCCGAGAUGACAGACGACCACCUGGCUUAAAUGGCUGGCCCCAUGGAUUUCUUCUCGGCUACGAUCAGAACCCAUUAUAUAAUGUUUCUGUUUUCCUGUCUUCUUACAUUCACCUCCUCCUCCCACUGAGAUAUAUACUUAUUUCUGUUGUUUGAUGUGAUACUGAGAUUUGAAGACUUCGAGAUCAGUAGAAAUUUGUUUAUAAUUAA